CCUUCGACCAGCCGGGCCUGGAGGCGGCGGCUGCACUCGGGGACCAUGGCCCAGGUCGCGAUGUCCACCGUGCCCGUGGAGGAUGAGGAGUCGUCUGAGAGCAGGAUGGUGGUGACCUUCCUCAUGUCCGCACUCGAAUCCAUGUGUAAAGAACUGGCCAAGUCCAAGGCAGAAGUGGCCUGCAUCGCCGUGUAUGAGACAGAUGUGUUUGUGGUGGGCACUGAGCGAGGACGCGCCUUCGUCAAUACCCGGAAAGAUUUUCAGAAAGAUUUUGUAAAAUACUGUGUCGAGGAAGAGGAAAAGGCUGCAGAGUUGCAUAAAAUGAAGUCUACAGGCCAAGCUAGCAGGAUGAAUGUGGAUGCCGUGGAGAUCGAGACACUGCGAAAGACUGUGGAGGACUACUUCUGCUUCUGCUAUGGCAAAGCGCUGGGCAAAUCCACGGUGGUGCCUGUCCCUUAUGAGAAGAUGCUUCGAGACCAGUCAGCUGUGACUGUCCAGGGCCUCCCAGAAGGGGUUGCUUUCAAGCACCCCGAGAACUAUGAUCUCGCCACCCUGAAAUGGAUUUUGGAGAAUAAAACAGGAAUUUCAUUUAUCAUUAAGAGACCUUUCCUAGAGCCGAAGAAGCACCUAGGUGGUCGCGUGAUGGUGACAGAUGCAGAGAGGUCCAUGCUGUCCCCGGGUGGCAGCUGUGGCCCCAUCAAAGUGAAAACUGAACCUACGGAAGAUUCUGGUAUUUCUUUGGAAAUGGCAGCUGUGACAGUAAAGGAAGAAUCUGAAGAUCCCGAUUACUAUCAAUUUAACAUCCAAGCAGGCCCUUCUGAAACUGAUGAUGUUGAUGACAAACUUCCCCUUUCGAAGUCUUUGCAAGGGAGCCAUCAUACUUCUGAGGGCAAUGAAGGAACAGAGAUGGAAGUCCCAACUGAAGAUUCUACUCAGCAUGUCCCUUCAGAAACAAGUGAGGACCCUGAAGUUGAGGUGACCAUUGAAGAUGAUGAUUAUUCUCCACCUUCUAAGAGACCAAAGAACAAUGAACCGCCGCCACCGCCGGUCCCAGAGCCUGCAAACGCCGGGAAGAGGAAAGUUCGGGAGUUCAACUUCGAGAAAUGGAACGCUCGGAUUACUGACCUACGCAAACAAGUUGAAGAGUUGUUCGAAAGGAAGUACGCUCAAGCCAUAAAAGCCAAAGGUCCCGUGACGAUCCCGUACCCACUUUUCCAGUCUCAUGUUGAAGAUCUGUAUGUGGAAGGACUUCCGGAAGGAAUUCCCUUCCGAAGGCCCUCAACCUAUGGGAUUCCCCGGCUCGAGAGGAUCUUACUUGCAAAGGAGCGUAUCCGUUUUGUGAUUAAGAAACACGAGCUUCUGAAUUCGACACGAGAAGACUUACAGCUCGAUAAACCGGCUUCUGGAGUGAAGGAAGAAUGGUAUGCCAGGAUCACUAAGCUACGGAAGAUGGUAGAUCAGCUUUUCUGCAAGAAGUUUGCUGAAGCCUUGGGGAGCACUGAAGCCAAGGCCGUACCAUACCAGAAAUUUGAGGCACACCCUAACGACCUUUACGUGGAAGGACUCCCGGAAAACAUUCCCUUUAGAAGCCCCUCUUGGUACGGAAUCCCGAGGCUGGAGAAAAUCAUCCAAGUGGGCAACCGAAUUAAGUUUGUUAUUAAAAGACCAGAGCUCUUGACACACAACACUACUGAAGUCACGCAGCCAAGAACUAACACACCAGUCAAAGAAGAUUGGAAUGUCAGAAUCACCAAACUGCGGAAACAAGUAGAAGAGAUUUUUAAUUUGAAAUUUGCUCAAGCUCUUGGACUAACAGAGGCAGUGAAGGUCCCGUACCCUGUGUUUGAGUCGAACCCCGAGUUCCUGUAUGUAGAAGGCCUGCCGGAAGGGAUUCCCUUCCGGAGCCCGACCUGGUUUGGCAUCCCAAGGCUCGAAAGGAUUGUUCGUGGGAGUAACAAAAUCAAGUUUGUUGUUAAAAAACCUGAACUAGUUGUGUCCUACUUGCCCCCUGGAAUGGCCGGUAAAAUCAACACAAAAGCAUUGCAGUCCCCUAAGAGACCGCGCAGCCCUGGAAGCAAUUCCAAAGUUCCCGAGAUUGAAGUCACAGUGGAAGGCCCAAACAACAGCAACCCACAGGCCUCAGCAGUCCGCACCCCCACCCAGACCAACGGUGCUAAUGUGCCGUUCAAGCCUCGGGGAAGGGAGUUUUCUUUCGAGGCCUGGAAUGCCAAAAUCACAGACCUGAAACAGAAAGUUGAAAACCUAUUCAAUGAGAAAUGUGGUGAGGCGCUUGGCCUGAAACAAGCUGUGAAAGUGCCCUUCGCCUUGUUCGAGUCCUUCCCAGAAGACUUUUACGUGGAGGGUCUGCCCGAGGGUGUACCCUUCCGCCGCCCAUCCACCUUCGGCAUCCCCCGGCUGGAGAAGAUUCUCAGAAACAAGGCCAAGAUCAAGUUCAUCAUCAAGAAACCUGAAAUGUUUGAGACAGCGAUCAAGGAGAGUACCUCCUCCUCCAAGAGUCCUCCCAGGAAAAUCAACUCCUCGCCCAGUGUUAAUACUACUGCCUCAGGCGUCGAGGAUCUGAACAUCAUCCAGGUGACCAUCCCAGAUGACGAUAACGAAAGACUGUCUAAAGUGGAGAAGGCCCGGCAGCUGAGAGAACAGGUCAAUGAUCUCUUCAGUCGGAAAUUCGGUGAAGCAAUUGGCAUGGGUUUCCCCGUGAAGGUGCCCUACAGGAAAAUUACCAUCAACCCAGGCUGCGUUGUGGUGGAUGGCAUGCCCCCCGGGGUGUCCUUCAAGGCCCCCAGUUACUUGGAGAUCAGCUCCAUGAGGAGGAUCUUAGAUUCUGCUGAGUUCAUCAAGUUCACAGUCAUUAGACCGUUCCCGGGGUUGGUGAUCAAUAACCAGUUGGUUGAUCAGAGUGAGUCUGAAGGCCCAGUGAUCCAAGAGUCUGCCGAGCCCAGCCAGCUGGAGGUCCCUGCCACAGAAGCAGGAGUCAAGGAGACUGAUGGGAGCACUCAGAUCAAGCAAGAGCCAGACCCCACGUGGUAGACCUCUUUCUCCUCCUCCUUACGAGAGUUCCUGAGGUUGAGAAGAGCUUUCAAACCUGUUCCUGCCACGCUGUGUAAUAUACUUGUAUAACAGAAAUACCUUCUAUACAAACCUUUUUUUCUACUUUUAGAUAGAAAUGUCUACUUUUUCAGCAGUUCUGUGAAUUGAAUUAAAGAGCAGAGUGACUGUAGAUUUGGAAUGGCUGGUUGACUCUGGAAUGUAUUAUGAGGAUCUGACAGCAACGCUGGAAACCCACAGGGCAGCGCCCGGCCAUGGCGUCUCUGUCCCACCCUGGCCACACUCUGGCCUGGCCCGGCUCAACUCAGUGCCGCAGACGCCCCCUGCUAGUGCAGUUCUUGAGUUUUUCUAUUUGAAGAAUCAUUUCCACGUUCCUGUGUUCACGGCUCUCCUUAAGACUGAGCGAACAGUUAGUAUAUCUGUAUAUUUGACUAAACCUUCCUAAGUCUCUCUCAUGGUUCCUCUGUUUCCUGUCAUGAUUAAAAGCGACCACCUGGUCACCUCCCAGCCAGAUACGAAGUCCAGUGUCUCCACACGUGGCUGAGACAGGUGUGACCCUCGUCUUCCACUCCCAGGAUGGGCUGAGCUUGGGGUCUGUCUGAACACAGUGGCCUGUAUGGAGUGUGGGGGAUACUGUCCCAGCUUUGAGGAUCAGGUUUGAGGGGUUUUGCCUUCAUGGCUUUAUCUUUCUGCUUGUAACAUUAAGGCUCCGGGGUGGGGCUUGGGGGGG